AUGAGUCUCAAGAGCGGCUACGGCGGCGGCCGGGAUGACGACGCAACAGAGGGCACAAGGCACAAAGCCCCCAGCCGCGAAUACCGCGCUCACACGAUCGGCACGCGAACUGCAGACAAGAUCCCCUCGUCGGCCGCGUUCGACGCCAUCGCCGCCUCGCUCGCCGACGAUGCCGACCGCAAGGACGCGGUGAAGAAGGGCGGCGCCGUCUUCGCCUUCACCAUCAAGAACCAGGCGGGCGAGACGGACAGCUGGUACAUCGACCUCAAGAAGACGGGUACCGUCGGCAAGGGCGCCGCGCCCGAGGGUGGCAAGGCUGAUGGUGAGUUUGACACUGUUGAUCUCUGCAAGGACUCGGAUGAUAGGCUGCGAGUCGAUGGGAUGGCUGGGGAGCGUCCGCGUGGUGUGUUGUGUUGCCAGCACAACGCAUCCAUCGCGGUUGCUUCCAGUCUCUCGACGAUCGCGCGCGCUAUGAUGGCGCUGGCUUCGGCUUCGGCACCGGCGCCAGCGCCAGCGCCAGCACCAGCACGGCAGUUGGCAGUUGGACGGCGCCUGAACCGCGGCAUAAUCCCAACUCCUCGAUGCGCCCUAUCCGCACACGGCGUAGAGAAGUGGAGAUGGUUCACAAUGCUGCUCUCCGACAGCGACUUCGCAUCGCUAGUCGCCGGAAAGGCCAACGCCCAGAAGCUGUUCAUGUCCGGCAAGUUGAAGAUCAAGGGCGACGUCAUGAAGGCCACCAAGAUCGAGCCUGUGUUGAAGAAGGUCCAGGCCAAGGCCAAGCUUAAACAAGCACUCAAGACCACCAGCCAGCUGGAGUCGAUCCCCAAUGGCGAUCAAUUCAACUACGAAAUGUCAACCUUAGUCGUUCUCAUCUUCUCCGACGUGCUAUCUACGCUUCUUUCGUGCUCAGCUUUCAGUCUGGAUGCAAUGAUCCUGGACAGUCCAACGACUCACGACUAUCUUGAUGAUCCCAGUCAGGCCUGCUGGCUGUACGCAGAGUACAAGGUCAACAAGCACUCGAUGACGGCAUUCGUCCUCAUCAACACCAACAGUAGGCAUGAGCCGGAGCCCCAGCCCCAACCUCAGCAACUGUUCCCGGGCGAUGGACAUCCACCCCAGUCUGAAGAUAACAUCUUCGCCACGAUGCGCGACCUGCUCGAGGCUGAUUUGUUCGGCCAGCCUGCCACAGCUCAGCCGUAG